AUGUUGCAGGCACAGCAGGAGCGUGCUGAGCAUAGCAUUCGUAAACGCAUCUUCGAGACGCAGCGGGCACGCAAUGAACUCGAAUGGCAAAAGCUUAAGAUGAAGGAGGAAAUGGAGAGUGCUGUGUGUGAGAUCAAGUCGCUGGAGGAAUCGUUGCGCGACAAGUCAAACUUAUUGAAGUUGGCCGAGACGCGUCUUGAGAAUCGGGCUCAACGCAGUGGCAAGGAGCUGUGUCUGGAUCAUGCACAUGAUGUGCUCUGUCAGGAGGUGGAGAAGUUGCGUGAGAUUCGUCGUUGUCUUAAGGAGAAAAUCGAUGACGCCAAGGCCAACUUUAAUUUGCUCUCGGAUCAUGCACAAAAAAUCGACACGGAUCUGGAGAACAAGCAGCAUUCGUUGAUGACGGACAUACGUGCCUUGGAUUUGCGCACGCGUCUCAAGGGCGGUGAGUUUGGUCUGAAGACGAGCAAUCCAAGUGGCCAGACCGAGCGCAAUAUUAUGCUUACCCACAUGGAGCAGGAAAUUCCGAAACCAUAG